UUUGCGGCGCAUUUACGACAGAAGGCAUUUGGGCAAAACACAACCAAACACUUUUGGAGCGCAAACUCGGGCAUAUCCAUAUUAUAUGGGUGAUAAAGUAUAAAUGGGAAUGUAUUUAUAAACAUAACUAACUUACUUCACUGACACAAAAAGAACACGGUGAACAUCGCCACCCCCCACCAAUCCUCUUUUGGAGAACAUCUCCGGUCGACACACUUUCCGGUAAAGAUGGCGCUGAUGGCGACCCUGCGGAGGACAUGGCGUCUGUUGCCAUCGGGACCCUGGGUCAUUACUCCCGCCGCCGCCUGCUCACAGAGCUCCGUUAGUGGCCACUUGGUGCCUCUGACCUCGCUGUCCAGACCUCCGUGGCCGGAGACUAGGCCGGUGCCGGAGGAGGAACAGCGGCGGCAGCACGCCGCCCUGACGAGCGCCGUCAACCGUCUGAUCGAGCAAGACGACUUCGGCCGCCUCUUCGCCGUCGUGCACUUCGCUGGCCGCCAGUGGAAGGUGACAGACGAGGACCUGAUCCUGCUGGAGAACCACGUGGAGGCGGCGUGCGGCGAUCGCCUACGUCUGGAGAAGGUGCUGCUAGUGGGGGCGCAGCACUUCACCCUGGUGGGCCGGCCGCUACUGGCCAAGGAGCUGGUGCGCGUGGAAGCCACAGUGCUGGAGAAGACGCAGUCGUGGCCUAAAGUACACAUGCGCUUCUGGAAGCGCCACCGCUUCCAGCGCAAGAAAAUCAUCGUGCAGCCGCAGACCGUGCUCAGAAUCAACAGUGUGCGGCUGGCGCCGGCGCUCACGUGACAAUCAAACCGCCCCUAAUCCCCCCCCAUCCCCGCUGCUGUGUGACAACUCGGCGUUCGGGUGGACCCACAUUCUCAAGUUCGUGGCGAGGCAAAACUGUGGAGUGUGUGUGUGCCUGAAAUGCCUUGCUCGCGACAAGCUUUUACUCCUGCGUGGACUAUUCAGCACACUAGUCCGAAUAUCACGCGUGUAUGACUUGAGUGGGCACUUAUAGAAAGAAGGACCAGAUGUUACGAGUGAGGCAUAUACGGUACUUGUUGACAACCGCAUGCUACUCGUUAACAUUUUGUACAGCCCUGUGCCAGCUGACGUGAACUAGUGCAACUAUUAGCCCCACUAAUAACAUGCAGUGCGCACAAUUGUCAUGCGAGAGUUGGAGGAAGUCAUGGGAAAACGCCUUACUAGUGCUGUAAGAACUGAAUAAAGUUCAUUCUGUCUCUUAGAA